CUACAAAUAAUAUUUUGUUUGAAUCCACUACAAAUAGAUUAGCAUUUUAUGAAAGAGAUCAUGAUUUAGGCAAUAUGGAUUAUGAUUCAAUUAAUUUAGCACAACAAAUAGUAAAUAAAGAAAAUAGUGAAAUAAGCAACGAUAGUAACAAUUGA